AUGCAAGGAGAUGAAAAAGAAAUGACAACUGAUGUCAAUCAAUUAGAUAAAAAUGAAGAAAAUGUAAUUUUCGAAAGAGUUGAAGAAAUUUCUGAGAUAAUAGAAAACGAAAAAAUAGAACACGUACAAAAAGUGGAUGAACAUAAUAACACCGAUAAACAAGACCAAAAAGAUGGUGAUAUCAUCGAAAAGAAGGUCCUCACGAAAAUUUCAAUGAAUAACUUAACUAAUAAUGAAAAUGUGAUUGAUAUCAACGAAGAAAACAAAACGCCCCCAAAAGAUCAAGAAGAACAACAAAACGAAGAAAAUGUUGUGAGAAGAAAAACGAUCCAUUUGGUGGUUUUCGAAACACUUAAAAAACUCAUCAAAGAACACGAAGAAAUAGUUGCCAAAGAAAAAGAAACUGAGAACGAAAAAGAACAAGAAAAAACACCAGAACGGCAUGAAGAAGUUGAGAGAAAUGAGGAGGUUGAAAGACAAAAAGAGUUGGAAUUGGAGAAACAAAAACAACUUGAAGCCGAAAAACAAAAGGAACUUGCAAGAAAAAAGAAAAUUGAAGAAGAAAUUGAAAAUGCACGAAAAAUGAUCAAAAAAAGAUUAAACGCGAAAAAAACGAACUCACAACAAUUUUCAUCGCUAAAUACUUCAAACCAAUGCAUUUCAACUCACACAAACCGAUCAGAAGAUGUAACAAAUUCAACGAACUUAACACAAUCACAAAGUACAUAUCAAAGUCCAUAUACAAGUGAAAUGCAAAUCACACGACAACAAAAUUUCCAGAAUUACAGGGAGUACGAGGAUUAUCAAAGAUAUUUGAGUUCUAUGGGAAGUAGACAACAACAAAAUUAUAACACUGGUUAUAAUUAUAAUACUCGAAGCUAUGACUAUUACCCAUAUUCUUACACCAACUCUAAUACAGAAAGGUCAGUUGGAUAUUCAAAUCAAUUUGAUGGACCUUAUGAGUAUAACAGAAAUUAUGGAAGAAUGUACGAUAGAAGUUACUAUGGAUACCCCCGAAGUGCAGAAAACUAUACAGUACCAACAACAGUCAGAUUUCCAGAAACCUACUCCGCUUCAAUGUACUUAGAAACCCAAAGAAGAGAGGAAGUGAGGAAUUCUCAACAAAGUGCACCUGUUGUAACUGAUAUUGACGAGCUGCAAGAGGGUAAUAACAAUGAAGCAAAUUUACCAAGUAGAGGCGAAGUUGUACGUGACAUUGAAAAGGAGCAAAAUAAGCAACUCAAUACAAUGGAAGUUGAAACUGAACAAACACAAAAAGAAAACAAAGAAAAUGACGAAAAUGAAGGUCUACUUAAAACAAAAACUGUGAAAAAGUCAGAACAAUUAAAUGUAUUUGAAAAGAGAGGAAGAGAAUCGGUGAUGCGCAAGAAAGUUCAAUUGAUUUACUCAUUGAAUGAAUUAAAGGAUUAUUACUUCUAUGGAGACGCUUCUUUGACAUGUUUAGAACUUCCAACCACAAUAUCAAAAAUUGGAAAAUAUUGUUUUGGGUGUUGUAAUAACCUUGGAAAAGUUAAUAUAGUUGCUCCACUUAUGCUCUUUCCUCCAUACAACUUUUAUAUGUGUUUUACACUAUCGGCUGUCACACUUCCAUCAACAUUAAAAUCACUUGGAAACUUUUGUUUUGCUGAAUGUCAAUCAUUGAGGGUUUUGGAACUUCCUGAAGAUUUGACGGAAAUUGGAGCUAACUGUUUUUUAGGGUGUAAAUCCCUUUGUAAAUUGAAAAUUCCACAAAAUGUUGAAAAGUUAAUGAAUUCAACGUUUUCGGGAUGCGAAAAACUCGAAGAAAUUGUUAUACCAAAAAGUCUUUCAGAGUUGGGCAAAAAAUGUUUCUUUCAUUGUGAGAAAUUAAAAGAAAUCAAUUUGGAAAAUGUUGUUAAAGUCCCUUCAAAAUGUUUUGCAAAUUGUUUUUCACUUGAGAAUAUCAACAUUGAUCAAUGCACCACUUUUGGGGAGGGCGCUUUCAAAAAUUGUUUGGAACUGAUUUUGUGUGCCGAUGAAAUUGGUUGUUCAUUUGAAAAAGGAUGCUUUGAAAAUUGUCGAAAUGUUACUAUUAUCAAAAAUAAUGGACAAACAAUGACUUCACCGUUCAUUGAUUAA